AUGCAGUCUGAAACUGCACGUUUGGCUUUUGGACGCUUUUUCGAGAACAAUAAUUGGAAAAAAACCGGUGAAGCAACGACAUUUAAAGAAAGUGACGACAGCACUGGAAAACAGAUUCCAUUAAAUGCGGCAGAAAAUAACUUUGAGACCGUUGGAUUUCUCCGCAGGCGCGGAAGAUUUACUCGUUCAUUUAAAAAAGCCAAGCAGCUUUUAGACAAGGGCUUUGGAUAUCCGUCCCAUCGUGCCAAUGACAAUACCAAAGAAUGCCCACGAGAACAGAAUAAUACAAGACUAGUGUCGCUACUGGGUCGAAAUCAUCUGAAUUCAACGCGUGGUUGGCUUUUGACUAAAUCCAAACCUUCAUUUGAUGGCAAAGAAAAUGACUUGUGUGAACCAUGCGAUUCGGAAAAGAAGGUUGACAGGGGUCCUCGAGACUUGGACCCGCAUGAUAUGCCGAAAGUUUUGGCCGAAAAGAAGCUUGAUAUUUUUGACUAUCUAUCCCCGGAACAAGUGGAAAAAGGCGAGUUGUUUAUGACUUUGGGAGAAUCAGAGUGUGGUCCGUUUGAUAAGGACCUCAAGCAACUAUAUCUCGAUGCAAUGCGGGAUUCAAUUCAGCAAAAUGGAAAAUGGAUAAGCAGCCUUGAGUUCCGAAUGGUGGAAUUUCAAGAACGUUUCAACAAUCAUGAACUGAUCGCUUUUCUAAAGCAUUUACAGAAUCUUUUAAAAUACGAGACCGGAUUUUUACAGGAGAUUCAUGAUCGAUACGAUUUGCUAUUUCAGGAGAAUAGUACGUUACGGGCAAUCCUCAACAGUAGUAAGAGGCCAAAUAUCUCCAAAUUAAAUGAACGUUGA